ACGCUCCAUCUGUCCUCUAAACAGAAGCUAGCUAAACGGUUUGUUUCAUGGUUUAUUUCAGUUUUUGUAAGCAUACAAACCUACAAGUAAUUUGUUAUCUUUAAAACUAUUCGCUUGAAGUCAUGACAGCUAUAAAAGACGGAGAGUACACGGCUACAAUCUACAAACUGAUUAAAGACGGUCAGUAUGUGGAAGCAAUUCACAUCCUAAAUGGCCAACUUCAAAAACACACAAAGUCCAGGGCAGCACUGUCUCUGCUGGGUUACUGCUACUAUCACAUCCAGGAUUUCACCAACUCUGCAGAGUGCUACGAGCAGCUCACCCAGCUGCACCCGGAGGUGGAGGAGUACAAGGUGUACUAUGCCCAGUCCCUUUACAAAGCUGGUGCUUAUCCUGAGGCCAUGAAGGCCUCCUUUGUGCUCGACAACCCCAGCAGUCACGUCAAGAUGGUCAAGCUGCAAGCCUGUAUCAAAUAUUGUGAGGAAGAUUACUCUGCUGCCAAGUCACUGCUGGAGCAGCUGCCCCAGGAAGACCCAGACUAUGUCUACAAUAUGGGCUGUUUGCUUUAUCAGGAUGGCAAGUAUGAGGAGGCCUGCAAAAAGCUGAUGUCUGCCAUGCAAGUGCUGGGAUAUGUGCCAGCAUUGUCCUACAACAUUGCCCUGUGUUACUACAGCCUGAAGAACUACGCUCAGGCCCUCAAAUACAUUGGAGAGAUCAUCGAGCGAGGCAUCAGGGACCACCCAGAGCUGAGUGUUGGGAUGACAACAGAGGGCAUCGAUGUCCACAGUGUGGGCAACACGCUUGUGCUGCAUCAGACAGCUCUGAUCGAAGCCUUCAACCUCAAAGCUGCCAUCGAAUACCAGCUGAAAAACUUGAAAGGAGCUCAGGAGGCUUUGACAGACAUGCCCCCCAGAUCAGAGGAGGAGUUAGAUCCAGUGACACUGCACAACCAGGCUCUGGUAAACAUGGAUACAAAGCCGUCAGAGGGUUUUGAGAAGUUGGCCUUCCUGCUGCAGCAGCCCUCCUUCCCCCCUGUGACCUUUGGAAACCUGCUGCUGCUCUACUGCAAACACGAGUACUUUGACCUGGCAGCUGACGUCCUGGCAGAAAAUGCCCAUCUCACCUACAAGUUCCUUUCGCCGUACAUGUAUGAGUUCCUUGAUGCCUUGUUGACCUGCCAGACUGCACCAGAGGAGGCUUUUAGGAAGUUUGAUGAGAUGAACGCCAAACUGACAGAGCAGUUACGCAAGCUGGCCAAGCAGGUGCAGGAGGCCAGGCUGGCUCGAGACGAUGAACAGCAGAAGAAAGCUCUGCAGGACUACGACCUGAUGCAGGAGAAGUACAUUGUGGUCCUGAUGGCCCAGGCCAAGAUCUACUGGAACCGGGAGAACUUCCAGAUGGUGGAGAAGAUUUUCCGCAAGUCAGUGGAGGUCUGUAAUGACGACGACACCUGGAAGCUGAACGUGGCCCAUGUGCUCUUCAUGCAGAACAAGUACAAAGAGGCCAUCGGCUUCUACGAGCCGAUCGUCAAGAAGCACUACGAUAAUGUGGAGCAGUGUAACAUUCAGGAGUGUCCCUGCAAGUGCAAACCCUCGAUCCUGAAUGUGAGCGCUGUGGUCCUGGCCAACCUGUGUGUGUCCUACAUCCUGACCAGCCAGAAUGAGGAGGCUGAAGAGCUGAUGAGGAAGAUCGAGAAAGAGGAGGAGCAGAUUUCCUAUGACGACCCCGAAAAGAAGGUCUUCCAUCUCUGCAUCGUCAAUCUGGUUAUUGGGACGCUGUACUGCGCCAAGGGGAACUAUGACUUUGGCAUCUCUCGUGUCAUCAAGAGCCUGGAGCCCUACAAUAAAAAGCUGGGGACGGACACGUGGUUCUACGCCAAGCGCUGUUUCCUCUCCCUGCUGGAGAACAUGUCCAAACACAUGGUCAUGCUGAGGGACGCUGUGGUACAGGAGUGUAUCCAGUUCCUGGAGCACUGCGAGGCAUAUGGUAAGGAGGUUCCUGCCAUCAUCGAGCAGCCUCUGGAGGAGACCCGCAUUCACAUCGGAAAGAACACCGUCACUUACGAGGCUCGACUGCUCAAGGCGCUGUUCUACGAGGUCAUUGGCUGGAACAAGUGACAUCAUCCCACAGGUGUCACUGUGAUGUGUGAGGUUUUUACCAGGUCAGUAAAAUCACUGAUUGCAGCCAGCGAAGACAUUUUGUCAGUGUCUUUGGUUUCAAGGAAAAUGGAACUUGACUGGAAUCCAGAGACAGUCAGCGGACAUAAUAAGGCCUGCUGUGGAGGCUUUAUA